AUGGGCUUUUUCUUCGGGGGCUGCUGUCUGAGAGUCUAGCCUCGCCGUCAAUAGCGGCAGAUAGGAUCUAAAUUGUCCGGGGCUCGAGGCUUUCGCUAGCGGUGCUGAACAAAACAGAGAUCUAUUUCCUAGGCAGCCCCUUGCUGCUGCUGCUGCGGCUGCUGCCCCCACCCUCUUCUCCCCUUGCCCUUUAGCUGAGAGAUGCUACUGCUGAGAUAGGACUCCUCUCUGGGAUCGCUGGCUCGUCCCAAUGAGGAAAUCGAGGAAACACAAUAAUUGGGGAGCGGGGAAAUCAAACAGGAGAAAGGACAGCAGCAUCUGAGGCUGACGGCAACCCCCGGAAAGCACAUGAUGUGAUGUGUGUGUGUGUGUCCUGUGUGCGUGAGACAGGGACACAACAAAGCACACGCGAAACAGGAAAGUUCAGCUCCUCUCUCCCUCCCUGACAGGGCGCGAAACAAUCGAUCAGCAAUUGGGACAGUUAAAAAAAAAAAAAAAAAAGGAGGCACGCCAACCUGAACUGGCAGAGAGAAAAAACAGGAUAAAGGGAAGCGGAGCGUCAGAAUCAGGAGGAGAUAAACCAGAGUAGAGCCUACAAGGCAGCUGGGGAGUCAGGACUGCCAGUGUGGGUCUCUGUAAAAAUAUCUUCCCAAGCCUACGAUGUGGGGAUUGAUCAGAAAUUGAUCCUGUGCGUUGGACUGCCAUUCAAACCGCUGGAGCUCUGCAAGUCCUUCUUUUUCACAGAAGCACACUUCCAGCAGCUUCUGGCUGGAGGGGUUUCUUUUUCUUUUUCAAGCAGGUGAUGUCUUUGUGAUCCUUUAUUCCACUUCCACCGCCGUAUCUCUCCCCCCCCGCCCCAAACACUACAAUCAUACACUUCUUUUCCUUCCCACCCUCACCCCCGGCUGGACGACUCCCUCCUUUGGAGAAGGAGAACACGCCCAAGUAAGCUGAAGAAGGGAGAAAAGAGAUAGAUACUCGUCACAUUGAACCUGAGGGGAAAUCCUCCAGAGCGGCAGCGCGCCGCGAGAGGGAGAGAUUAUUGGAGCCUAUACAUUCCCCAGCGCUCUCAAAAGUAUUACGUGUGACAGGCAUACCAAUCCGGAAUUGAGAGGGAGUGAAGAGAGAGAGAGACCCAGUGGAAGGCUAUGGUGAUUGUCUCUUGGGAUUUACAAACACACACCGCUCGCUCCGGGUGGCUCGGAUCGCAGGAGGGCUGAUCUGUUUUGUCUGCACUACUUUGACCUGUCGUUGCACUGUCUGAGGCACCGAGAAAUUCGCCAGCGCACAAAGCGUGUGGGAAAGGGAUUAUUUAUUUAUUAUUUGUAUUCUUCUUCUUCUUCUUUUAAAAAGGGGGGGGCAUAAUUUUGCAUGUUGAUCUGAAACCCAGAAGCAAACGAGGAAUAUGAACAGGAAAACUAGGCGCUGGAUAUUCCACAUCUUUCUGAGUCUAGGGAUUGUCUAUAUCAAAAUUGGGGGUUUUUCCUCCGUGGUGGCUCUGGGGGCCAGCAUCAUCUGUAACAAGAUCCCGGGCUUAGCUCCUAGACAGAGGGCGAUCUGUCAGAGCAGACCCGAUGCCAUCAUCGUGAUCGGAGAAGGGUCCCAGAUGGGAAUCAACGAGUGUCAAUUUCAGUUUCGCAAUGGGCGGUGGAACUGCUCGGCUUUGGGCGAAAGGACGGUCUUUGGCAAAGAGCUGAAAGUGGGUAGCAGAGAAGCAGCAUUCACCUAUGCCAUCAUUGCCGCUGGAGUGGCGCAUGCAAUCACUGCUGCCUGCACCCAGGGAAACCUGAGCGACUGUGGCUGUGACAAAGAAAAACAGGGACAGUACCACAAAGAUGAAGGCUGGAAAUGGGGAGGUUGCUCUGCAGACAUCCGUUAUGGAAUCGGAUUCGCCAAAGUGUUUGUGGACGCGAGGGAGAUUAAACAGAAUGCAAGGACACUCAUGAACUUGCACAACAACGAAGCAGGGCGAAAGAUCCUUGAAGAGAACAUGAAGCUGGAAUGCAAGUGCCAUGGUGUGUCAGGAUCAUGUACUACUAAAACAUGUUGGACAACUCUUCCAAAAUUCAGGGAGCUGGGCUACAUCCUUAAGGACAAAUACAAUGAAGCUGUUCAGGUUGAACCAGUGAGGGCAAGUCGUAAUAAACGCCCAACUUUUCUUAAGAUAAAGAAACCUCUAUCCUACCGUAAACCCAUGGAUACAGAUUUAGUGUACAUAGAGAAAUCGCCUAACUACUGUGAAGAGGACCCUGUCACUGGCAGCGUGGGAACGCAGGGCAGAAUGUGCAACAAAACAGCCCAGCAGACCAAUGGCUGUGAUCUGAUGUGCUGUGGACGAGGUUAUAAUACUCACCAGUAUUCAAGAGUGUGGCAAUGCAACUGUAAAUUUCAUUGGUGCUGUUAUGUUAAAUGUAAUACAUGCAGUGAACGAACAGAAGUGUACACCUGUAAAUGAAAGUGUGGCUUGGGAGGGGGAAUCUACAGACCUGGAAUGAACAUUUUUUUGCACAUCAGCUCAGUGUACCUACACAAGACUGUAGCAAAGACCAAUGCAGUUUCCAAGCAAAAAGCUAGCAAAUGGAGCCUAUCUUUCCCACGUAUAUAUCAGAGCUUAUGCGGAUACCCGUCAAAGACCCAUUAAGUAAUCCAAAAAGCAGACUUUCUAAAAAGGAAACAGAAAGAAACUAAACACCUGAUAACAAUAAUAAGCAGGAUAAAAUGCUCGUGAAUAAUCUGCAUCUUCAAAACAUAAUUUAUUGACUGCAUUAAGGGGGUGGGAGGAGAAUGCUUGUCAGGACCUUGGCGAUAGGUUCUUCGGGACUCAAUGAGAGAGAUGUUGAAAUACACAAGCUACCAGGCAUAAAGAGAGAGCUGGGGAAACAAAACAAUACUUUAACAUGGUCUUUGCACAGAAUGGGGUGACAAUGCGCCAGUGUGAAUUUCAACUUAAAGUGUGUGGAUUAUGCAGAUGUAGGGAUUUCUACACUUGUGAAAAGCUUCUGCUGGUCGUUUGUGUCUUUCCAUUUUUUCAGACAAUGUGCUACUGCAAGUAGAAUUGUUGAUGUUUUCCAUAUAAACACUGGUUUAUCUGCCUUUUGUCGUGCUGCAGAUUUUAGCACAGGGAUUUGGGACAUCUGGGCAUCAUAAUAAUAGCAAUAUUUAACAAUUUAUGCAGAUAAAACUAAUAUUAAUUUAUUUAAUUAAAAAAAAAAAACCUCUACCAACAUUUUUGGAACCAUUCUGCAAUUUAAAGUAGAUAGCCUGCUUUUCUUUUGUGGAAUAAUUUUGUAGAUAUGGCAAGGGGGGGAACCCCUCUUGAGCUGUAUAUAUUAUUCUUUACUCAGAUAUUUCUACUAGUUGGAAUUGCAGGAUAUUUUUUCUGCAGUAAUAGAUAUUAAGUAUAAAAGCAGGCAUCUUUUAUAAUUUUUUUGGCUGUUUGCUGCUAGUUGUCUGGAAUCUCAAACUGAUAGUCCUUUCACAUAGUUACCAAUACAUAACCGUUCCAAUUUUAAAAAGAAAAUAAGGAGCAUCACAAAAAUCCGUUGGGAAAAAUGCAUCACAUAUGAAUGCAAAACUCCAGACAAGUUUCCAUCUUUGGAAAAUGAAACAUAGGGUAAGAGAGUAUAUUUUGUAAGAGACUAUUUUUAUAUGAAUAUUUUAUUUAUACUAUGUCUGCUUGUAUAAUUCUAUAACCUGUACUUUUUCUCAAAACAGGCACACGGUUUGUAAUUUUUAGGCUAUUUAACAGAUAAAGGCUGAUUACUUUGUUGACAUGAAAGUAGGAACUGGAUACUACUGGUGUAUGUAUAAAAUACAGAAUGACUUUUCUCUCCAGAUGUAUGUACAAAGUUGCUCUUUUCCUGCAGUUCAAUUUGCAGAAUUUGCAGAACAAGAACAGGGUAUGUAGCAUCAGUUGUGUCACAUGGCUUGAAUUCAUGGUUGGUAUUAACUGGAUGCUCCUUUAUCCCAUUCAGAAAAAAAUCUGAAUUAGCUUCCCAGAUGCAUCAGUCAUUAAACUGUGGCGUUAUGACUAGCAAAUGUGCUGUGUGUGCUGUCAGUUAAACCUCUAUAUUGUGCUACUGUCAAAAUUGAUUUUAUCAGUGGAAGACUGUAGACUAUGACUGUAAAAACUAGCAUGACACGCAUAGUCUGAUUCUCAUAGAUAAGAUUCAAAGCUUACGGGUUUUGUCCAACUGGUUUUUGGCAUUCGCCUUACUUGUUCUCUCCCCAAAUGUUCUUAGCUAAAAAGAUCAAGUAACAUUUGAAUACGCUUUCAAUUAUCUACCCCCCCACCGCCCUAGCUUUUUUGGUGCCAUUCCUCUCCUACACAUUGGCAUUUCCUUUCUUAUCCCUAUGAUUUUCUACUGCAAUUAUGUUAAAUUAAAUAGUUUGCUUCUGUGGAA